UCGAUUGUUUUAACAAUAUUCAGCAACUUCAAAUAACUUGAAAAUGUCGAUGAUACUGUGUGACGUGUGAUGUGUACUCGUAUAAUCUAGAUUCGUUUUAUGCAUCGUUGUCAACAAAAUGGAAUAUUUUAAAAGUAGCCUAAAGUCCGUUUUAGGUUCCACACCUGUAGAAAAUGAAUCGUCCGGUGCAGAUACGGUAGAGCGGUUAGUGGACAGGUUACAAUCGUCAACGUUGCUAAGUGACAGAAGAGAUGCUUGUCGAGCAUUGAAAGCUCUUUCACGCACUUAUCGCGUUGAAGUUGGAACUCGAGGAAUGGAUGUAUUGAGGCAAAUUUUGGAAAUGGAUAGAACAGAUUGCGAAAUUAUUGGUUUAUCUCUGGACACUCUUUGUAAUAUAACAAAUCCUAAGGUGUUCGAAGAGGAAGUGGACAAACAUGGACCAAAGAAUAAAAUAGGAGAGCAAUUUACAGAAAUAUUUAUUAAAAAUACAGAUAGCGUAGGAUUAGUCUUGGCGCUGUUGGAAGAAUUUGAAUUUAAAGUUAGAUGGCCAGCUUUAAAAUUAUUAAUGCAUUUAUCAACCAACAGGCUAAAAGACAUACAAGAAAUAAUUUUAGUUAGUCCUAUGGGUGUUUCUAAAUUAAUGGAUCUUCUUGGCGAUAGUAGAGAAGUCAUACGUAACGAUGCCUUAUUGCUUCUUAUUCAAUUGACCAAAGGCAAUGCAAAUAUUCAAAAAAUUGUUGCGUUUGAAAAUGCAUUUGAUCGUAUUUUUGAUGUUAUUGCCCAAGAGGGUAACGCGGAUGGUGGUAUCGUCGUCGAAGAUUGUCUUUUACUUAUGUUGAAUCUUUUACGAGGCAAUAUAAGUAAUCAAAAUUUUUUUAAAGAAGGUAGUUAUAUUCAAAAAUUAACACCAAUGUUUCAAAUACCGUCUGAAAUCGAUAAUGAUCCACUUGGUGCAUGGAGUCCACAAAAAGUGUCAAAUGUUCACUGUAUGGUACAGGUGAUUCGUGCAUUAGUAGCACCGAAUGGACCUGCUCAGGCAGUAGCAAAUUGUCAACAAAUCAUGAGAGAUUGCGGACUUUUACAAGCUUUAUGCAAUAUAUUGAUGGCUAGUGGUGUGCCUGCUGAUGUGCUCAUAGAAACGAUUAACACGGUAGCUGAAGUUAUUAGAGGAAAUGCUAAUAAUCAAGAAUUUCUGGCAGGAGUAAUGGCUCCUAGUAGCCCUCCCAGGCCUGCAAUUGUUGUUUUACUUAUGUCUAUGGUAAAUGAAAAGCAACCAUUUGCUUUAAGGUGUUCCGUUCUAUAUUGUUUUCAAUGUUUUUUAUAUAAAAACGAAGUAGGACAAAGUCAGCUCAUUCAGACUUUACUACCUCAAGGUAACGAAGUACCGUCCGUAACAACAGGGCAGCUGUUAUGCGGAGGUUUGUUUUCUCCGGAUUCUUUGUCGAAUUGGUUUUCUGCCGUGGCAUUGUCUUACGCGUUGAUUGAUGACAACACCCAAAAAGAACAAUUAUUGCGAGUACUUCUUGCAACAAACAUUGGAAAACCACCUGUGACUUUAAUGCAACAAUGUGUCAUGUUACUGCAACAAGGCAAUAAGACGCAAUGCAAAUUAGGUCUUUUAAUGUUGCUCUGCAGAUGGACUGCUCACUGUCUAGCUGCUGUUAAAUUUUUCUUACUUAUCGAUUCUUCUAUAGCUUAUUUAACAGCUUUAUUAUCGUCGCAGGAAAAUAACGAUGAUUUGCAGGAAACGUUAUUACAAAGUAUGUGCGCUAUACUUAUUGGAGUAUGUGUACAUUUUAACGAUAAUAGCGUCCCUAAUUAUACGAAGGAAAAAUUGUGCAAUUUAAUCGAAAAUAGGAUAGGAGUAGAGAGAUUUCAAGAUGCUAUUGGCGGUCUCGCUAGGCAUGAGGUAUAUUCUAGAACUUUGAAACACCCGCAGCCUUCAGCGAAGAAUUCUUCGGAACUUCUUUUGGAUCAUGAGUUUUGUAGACUAUCAAAAACGUUAGAGGGUAUAAUUAUGAAAUCCGUUCUAGAGGGUAGUAAUGUACAUCAUAAAAAUCAAAUGGCGACAUCGAUUAUUCCAGAUUCUGUGUUAAUAGCACAGUACAAAGAAGUGAUUCGAGAACAAGCUUCACAAAUACAGAAGCUUAAUCAAAUUACAGAAUCGCUGAUGAAGGAAAAGCACGAACUCGAAGCACAGAUUCAUGAUUUGCAGUCGACCGUCAGUCAUUUAAAGGAUCAAAAUUUAGUUCUACGAGCCGCACAAACCAAUUUGUUAUCGGAAGAAAAUAAUGCUAAUAAUGUAGCGAACGGAAAAGAUUACACGAAAGAAAUGGAAAGAUAUAAGAAUAUAAUUACAGAUUUAGAAAAUCGUUUAGCCGAAUGUACGACGACGAUAAACGAAUAUAAACUAAAAGUUGAAGAAAGAAACGAGACUGAUUUUGAACGUAAAUUAAAAGAAAAAUCUGAGGAAUUGGAGAAAAUUAAGAACGAUCAGGAAGGUUUUCUCGAACUUUUAACAGAACAGGAUGUUAAAAUUAUGUUAUACAAAGAAAGGUUGAUCGCAUUGGGUGAAAAGGUUGAGACCGAUGAAAGUUCUGCUGAACUCGACACCGACGAUCAACCGGAAUCCAGCAAUUCAGUUGAUCGCGUUGAUUAGUACUAUCACGAUUAGCAAUUUUAUGAUAUUUACUUCUGAAAGAGCUCGGAUGAUCUUCCAAUCUGGUCGCGCCAUACCCGGCGGCGUAUUCGCCGCGCAAGUUUGUUGUGCGCGCCCUUCUGUGUUCACGUACGUUCCAACUUUUUCAGUGUACGCAGCUCCAGGAAGUAUAACAUCAGCGAUCGCAGCUCCCUCGUCACCGUGACUUCCUAAAAUACGUUUCAAGCAAUUCUACUGUAUUAUCUUACAUGUUAUAUCUACGAUUUAAAUGACUGAUAAAGGCAAUAGCUGUUUCGCGAAUAAAAAGAGACAUAUAAAAAGA